AUGCUAAAUUUAAAAGAAAUUCAAGACUGGAAAAAAGGUAAAAAGUUUGAUUCUGCUACUUUAAUACAAAUUUUUUGUUUUUUUUUACUGUUGGUGAAUCAGAAUUUAAAUGGAAUGACAUAAUAUUCAGAAGUAAGCAUAUUUUAAGCUGAUCAAUUUCGUAUACCAGAAGAACACUCAUUUACAGAUGAAUAUUUUAAUUUUGGAGAUACUAAUAACUUUGCAUUUUCUGAUCUUGAUUUUGAGAGAAAUAAAUUUUUACCAAUUGGUAUUUAUAACCAUUCUAUUAAGAUAAGAAUUCUCAUUUAUUGAUAAUAUGGAUAUGGAAGAUUAAUUUAGUACAGGGUAACAAUAACCAUAGUAAUUGAAACCAAUUUCAAUGUAGUAAUAAUAUGACAUUUUAUUUGAAUUUAAGAGCUCAAUCAAUAGUAAAGUAAUUGGAGGAUCUGAUUUUUUUUCUAAAGUAUUAGAUUAUGCCAAUAAAUUAUAAAUGAAUAAAUUUAAGUCAAGUACAUACAUAUAAUUUACACUAGUACCUAAAAUUAACGAUAAAACAUAAAAAAAGAACAAUCACUCAGCUAGAAUUAAAGGAGAUAAGCAACAUAAAUUUAUGAUUUCUAAAUUAGAAUCUUGGGAUGUCCAUCUCAAAUCUAUUCGUACACAUUUUAUGUAAAAAAUUUUUAAUAAAUUGUGGAAAGUACCAACUUAAUAGAUUCUCAAAGCUCAUUGCUUUUCAGGAAAUAAUAGUUAAUAAAAUAAAAUUCAUAUAAUAGUAUAUCUAUAAAAUGAAAUGGAACAAAUAGAAAUAUAAUAUUCUGAUUUCUAACUUAAAUAAGAAAUUUACUAAAACAUAAUAUAAAGAAUGAUUUUCUGCUUAGAUUUAGCAAUUUAAUUAAAUAAUUAAGCAGAUGAUCUUAUUUUUGAUGUUCUAUUUAAAGGAUUUAUUGCCGAAUUAUUUCAUUAUUGA